AAGGACGCGACUGGGCGUGUUCAUUACCCUUACAUAACACUUUAGAAAGUUACACAACGUUUCGGUACUUAUAUAAGUGCAGCUGGCAAGUCUGAUCAAAAUCGGCGCUCGUGUUAAGAAGCCAGCCGUCUGUUGGUGAAGCCUUCGAGUGUGUGAAACUGAGCAGUCCAGAAUCAAGGAUCGAGGAUAACCUGCUUCCAACCCAGUUCUGAGGAUCCUGCGGUACCCGUAACUGACAUUUAACUGCAGCAACAGAGAGAGAAUGCACAGACUGUGCCUCCUGCAGUCUCCUGCGUCUCCAGGACAUUAUUUGUUCUGAGGUGACUGAACGGCCAGCUCUUUGAGGUUUUUAGAACUGUGCCAGGACUAAAUUGAGAACCUUCCUAACAAACCGCUGAUUGGAUAACGGAGGCACAAGAGACUGCAGAUGCUGGAGUCUGGAUCCGAAAGCAAACUGCUGGAGGAAGUCGGUGCAUCAAGCCGCUUCGCGUCUGUGGAGGCAAAGGAAUUAUCAAUAUUUUGGAUCCUGACCUUGCAUCGGGAGAGUAGAGGGGAGGUAGCCAGUGUGAAGUGAGAGGGAGUCAACGAUACAGGGACUGGGAUUAAGGCUUCCAAAUGAUGGAUGGAUCUCCAAUCAAGUUGUAGUUGUCAGCCAGUCAUGUGCCAACAAUGCUGAUCCUCCUGUCUUUACCACAUAUAAGUUCAAUGUGGCUCACUGGUUGUUGUAUUUCAUUGUUAUGAAUGUCAGUCCCACAGGAAUUAUCUUUUCUCCAGUGUGGUUUGGUGAAGCUUGCAAGUCGUUGUGCUGUGGCCAUUCUAUAACUCAUUUCUCCAGACCUUUGUUUUUUCCUUUGUCGCUGAGCAUCAAAUAUUGAACCGAAAUGUCUUCAAAAGGCAAAAGGCCGUCCAAGAAGUCUGUAGAUGAAAUGAAAGGUUUUGACCAUGAGCAGAAGAAUGAAGAAUCAAAUGAAAAAGCAAUAGAAUUUCCUACCUCUUCCAAGACCCUGAUGGAACCCAAUCACGGUGAUUUAAGUGAGAAAGAGAAACUAAAUGACCCUGCUAGGAGAAAGAGAAUAGGGAAAAAUUGUGAGCCAGGGCAAAUUCAGAAAGAAUUGUCCUACCCUUACAAAAAUAAAAGUAGAAAAGUUGAAGAUCAAAUAUCUUCCCCAGCAAGGGAAAACAUGUUAGAAAGCAUUAAAAAGUCACGUUUGUCCACUGCAAUAUCGGUUGAAGAAUUUAGUUAUAACAAAAAUCGUGUCCGUCUUCUUUCCAAAGCCGACAGGAUCCAGGAUAACUGUCAAGGAAUUUCCUACUGGAUGUCACGAGACCAGCGAGUGCAAGAUAACUGGGCUUUCUUGUAUGCACAGUUGCUUGCUCUUGAGCAUAAACACCCAAUUCAUGUCGUCUUCUGCUUGGUCCCCAAGUGCCCAGAUGCCACCAUCCGCCAAUUUGGUUUCAUGCUGAAAGGACUUCAGGAAGUUGCUGAGGAGUGUCAGAUGCUGAAUAUUGCUUUCCAUCUGCUGACUGGUUUUCCUAAAGAUGUGCUGCCGGCGUUUGUCAAAGAACACAACAUCGGUGCAGUGGUUGUAGACUUCUCACCAUUACGCCUCUCUCUGCAGUGGAUCGAGGAAGUGAAAAAUAAAUUACCAAAAGAUCUGCUAUUUGUCCAGGUGGAUGCUCACAAUAUUGUACCUUGCUGGGUAGCUUCAAAUAAACAAGAGUACAGUGCCAGAACAAUCAGAGGGAAAAUUCAUGACAAGCUCCCACAGUUCCUGACCGAUUUUCCUCCAGUUAUCCGACAUCCUUAUAACUCUCCUCAGAAGGUCCAGAUCAUUGACUGGGAUGCAGUCUGCGCAAACUUUCAAGUGGAUCGCACAGUUCAGCAAGUUGACUGGGCAAAAGCAGGAACUACAGCAGGUCUAACAAAGCUAGAGUCAUUCAUUAAGGGAAACCUGAAGCACUUCGGUACAGACAGAAACAACCCAAACAAGGCCGCCUUAAGUAAUAUGUCACCAUGGUUUCACUUUGGUCAAGUUUCAGUUCAGCGGGCAGUCCUUGAGAUAAAGAAGUUCCGCAACAAGUUUAAAGAGAGUGUAGACAGCUACAUUGAAGAAGCUGUGGUACGGCGGGAGCUGGCAGACAACUUUUGCUUUUAUAAUAAAAUGUAUGACCAGUGUGGAGGUGCCUCAGAGUGGGCACAGAAAACUCUGAAAUUGCACAGUAGUGACAAGCGGCCGUACCUUUACACCCUAAAACAGCUGGAGGAUGGGGAAACACACGAUACCUUGUGGAAUGCUGCACAGCUUCAGAUGGUCUAUGAAGGGAAAAUGCACGGUUUUUUACGAAUGUAUUGGGCUAAGAAGAUCUUGGAGUGGACCUCUUCACCUGAGGAAGCACUGACGUUCGCCAUCUAUCUGAACGAUCGUUACCAACUUGAUGGAUCAGAUCCAAACGGAUAUGUGGGCUGUAUGUGGUCAAUCUGUGGAAUCCAUGACCAAGGCUGGGCAGAGCGACCAAUCUUUGGCAAAAUUCGUUACAUGAAUUUUAAUGGAUGCAAGAGAAAAUUUGAUGUUGUCCAAUAUCAGCAGAAAUACAACCGCAAGAAGUUCACAAAAACAAUUUAAGAUCAAUGUUUGCUUUUAUAAUUGUGUAACCUGAUUUUAAGUGCCUUAUCACUUAUUGCAUUCCACCUCUUCCAUAGUCCUAAGCUCCAUUUUCCUCUUGAAAUGUCACCACCUUCCUUUCCUCUUUAACAGAGGCCUUUUAUGUGGCCUUUUGUCAUCUGCUCUGGCAUUCCAUACUCCCAUGAAGAGCCUUAGUAUGUUUUACUAGAUAUGAUCUACAGCAUAAUUACAAGUUGCUGAGUCUCAGGAAGAUUUAUUUUCUUUAGUUGAAUGAAAUUGAGGCAUAAGAAUGGUCAGCAGAAUAAUAUUAGGCAGUGUGUAAUAAGAUUUAGAGAGAUGGAAUGUGAAGCUCCAGGAAAGCCUCGACUCUUUAUUAAUUUCCAUAGAUGCUGCCUGGCCUGCAGAAUUCUGUGUGUGCUGCUCUAGAUUUCCAGCAUCUCUUGUGUUAUUGAUCCACUGAGUCUCUUGUCUAUCCUGCCUUUUAUUUCUUUAAAGAAUCCCAACAGAUUUGUCAGGCAGGGUUUCCCCUUAAGGAAACAAUGCUGACAUCAGCCUAUUUAAUUGUGUGCCCUCUGGUACCACAAAACCUUAUCCUUAAGAAUGGACUCUACCAUCUUGCCAACCACCGAAGUCAGGAUAACAGGCUUUUUGCCUCCCUCCCUUAAAGAGUGGAGUGACAUUGACAAUUCUCCUGUCCUUCAGAACCAUUCCAGAAUUUAGUGGUUCUUGAAGACCACUACAAAUGCCUCCAUAAUUUCUUCAGCCACCUCUUUUGGAACCCUGGGAUGUACACCAAAUGGUCCAGGUGACUUAUCAACUUUCAGACCUUUUAACUACAAGCACAUUCUCAUUAGUAAUAGUGACUACACUCACUUCUGCCCCCUGACCUCUCCGAUUUCUGGCAUGCCACUGGUGUCUCCAGAGUGUAGGUUCGUGUAUCGGUUCUCUAUCUGCUUUGUAUUCGGUGUUGUGCCUUUAUUAUGGUAUCUAUUCACAUGAGUGGGGAUGGUGUGGUAAAAGUAAAGGGAAUAAAUUACGUACUUUUGCUUAUUUCAUUGAGCUUGGGACCGGUGGAGGCCAUAUAAUUUGAUGACCACUCAGAUAUCGCAGACAUAAUGCUCAGUAAUGGUUAACUGUAUGCUUGCUAAUUGCUAAUAAAGGACCAAAUAAAAGGUUCAA